CGCAUUCAAUUGACAGCAAUAAUACAGCAAUGCCACCAAACCUCUCCUACGGCCUCAACCUUCCCAACAAAAACACCAAAAAACCAGCCCCCCUCGGCCAAAAACGCAAGAAAACCAUCUUCGACUCCGACUCCGACGACGACCAAAAAGGCGAUGGAGAAGUCGAGAUAUCAACCAUCGGAGGGGUAGGUGAUGAGCCAGCGCCUUCGAAACCACAACCACCUAAAAAAGAACCAUCCGAACCACCCUCAAAACGUAAACCAUUCUUCACAACGACCGCGACAAGCGGCAAAAAGACAGGGCCGAAGCCACUCAGCAAAAACUCCAUAUUCGCCGACGGCGAUGACGAUGAGGGAACAGAAGAGCGACAAGAAGCGAAUACAACCGGUGGCGGACUCUCAGUACCAAAGUCCCAAGCAGACCCUAGUAAAAACUACACGAACCUAUCCGCCCUACACAGCAGCAAGAAACAUGCGCAGGAAGCACAAGAGCUCGAUCCCUCAAUUUACUCCUACGAUGCUGUAUAUGAUAGUCUACAUACGAAGCCAGAACAGGAUAAGAAAUCGGCAGAGAAGGGCAAUGAAGUACCCAAGUACAUGACAAACCUCCUGCGCAGCGCCGAGAUCCGGAAACGCGACCAGCUCCGCGCGCGGGAUAGGUUGCUCGCGCGCGAACGUGAAGCCGAGGGCGAAGAGUUCGCAGACAAAGAGAAAUUCGUUACGGCAGCGUACAAGGCGCAACAGGAGGAGAUGCGGCGGGUGGAAGCCGAAGAAGCAGAGCGAGAAAAACAGGAAGAAGAGAGACGCAAGACGAGCGGGAACGUGGGCAUGGUUGGAUUUUACCGGGACAUUCUCUCACGCGACGAACAACGACACGAGCAAGUCCUCAAAGCAACCGAAGAAGCCGCCCAACGCAUCAAAACCGGCGAACCCGAAACAGCAGAAACACCCGAAGGCAAAGCAGACGAAGACGAAGAAAAAACCUCCGCCCGCCGUGCCGCAGACCUCAACGCCAAGGGCGCCCACGUCGCUGUCAACGACGAAGGCCAAGUCGUCGACAAGCGCCAGCUGCUCUCCGCCGGUCUCAACGUCGCUCCCAAGCCCAAGGCCGCGCCUUCUGCUGCUGCUGCGCCUGCGUCUCGUGGGCCUGGUGGGCCUGGCAAGCGCUUCGAUGGCGCGCGCGGAGUGCGCAAUGACCAGCGUGCUCGGACGACGGAGAUGAUUGCUGCGCAGUUAGAGGAGCGUGCGAAGCAGGAAGCUGAGGCGGAGGAAGCGAAACAGAAGGAGGUUGCGGAGCGGAAUAAGAGUCGGAAGUCAGAUAAGGAUGUGUCCAGUGCUAAGGAGCGGUAUUUGGCGAGAAAGAGGGAGAGAGAGGCGCAAGGUGGAAAAUGAUUGUUUACUUUUUGUCAUUUUGCAUAGGUUGGCGUUGGAGUGUAUAUAGAUGACUACUGUACAAUAUAUUCGUUUACUUUGAUAUAUACCGUGAAAAGCUUGAUGAUGAUGUCUUCCAUUUUAUAGAGCAUUUUCCAGUCUAAG